GACUAAAUUGACAAAGAAUAAAAAGCAAAAAGUGUACCAUAGAGAGAUUACGGGACACAUCCAUGGACUCCAUGUAGUGAUGAUUUUCAAAUCUCCAAUUAGUGAAGAAGAAGGCACUUACUUAGCACACACUAAUAAAAAACAAACAACAAAAGAGAAAUGGGUUCGUUGUCUUCGUCGUCAAUGAGAGCAUUUGGAUCAAUUCUUCACAGAUUCUCUAAUGGGUUUUCCUCCAAAUGCCCCAUUACCAUUUCCUUUGCUGUCAAAAGAAACUGUUUGCUAAGCAGAAAGUUAUCAUCUUUAUCAGCAAUAUCAACGUAUACCUCGUUGUCUUUGUAUGAAAACAAGUGCAUUGAUAAUAAUAAUGUUCUUCAAUUGAGAAAGUUAUGGACUUUCUCUCCUCUCUGUAUGGGCAGGCGUUCCAGCAAAAUUGCUGGCAGAAAGGGGGCACAAGAUGCAAAGAAGGCAAAGCUGUAUUCGAGGAUCGGGAAGGAAGUCGUAUCUGCUGUUAAGAAAGGGGGUCCAAGUCCUAUAUCUAAUAUGACUUUGGCUGCUGUACUUGAGAAAGCCAAGGAGCUUGAUGUACCAAAGGAAAUUCUGGACCGCAACAUCAAGAGAGCGUCUGAGAAGGGACAAGAGGCUUACAUUGAGAAAAUCUAUGAGGUAUAUGGUUAUGGUGGAGCUAGUAUGGUAGUUGAGGUGUCAACUGAUAAGAUUAAUCGCUCUGUGGCAAAAAUUAGAGAGGUAGUGAAGGACUAUGGGGGAAAGAUGGCAGAUUCAGGAUCUGUAAUGUUCAAGUUCAGACGUGUCCGGGUCGUAAACGUAAGGGUCACAGAUGUUGACAAAGAUCAGCUUCUUGUCAUUGCAUUAGAUGCUGGUGCUGAGGAUGUUAUUGAACCUCCCGUGUAUGAAGAUGAAAUUGAAGAAGAUAGGUUGGAAAGCCAAUAUAAAAUUGUAAGUUCAUCAGAUAACUAUACAGCAAUAUUGUCAAAACUACGUGAGGAAGGAAUAAAGUUUGAGCCUGAUAAUGGUUCUGAGCUGCUUCCAUUAACCGCUAUAGAGGUAGAUGAUGAGGCUAUGGACUUGAACAAGGAACUUAUGAGCAAGUUACUUGAACUUGAUGAUGUUGAUGCCGUUUAUACAGACCAGCUGUGAUUAUAUUUUACAUCUCUAGUUGCCAUCUCAACCAUGGGGAUUUUGUUGCUGUUGGACAAUAGUUGGUACAUCUGGUUCGUGUAUAAAAGCACGGUGAUUGGCUGGUCUUCUUACUUGAUGGAUAAAGAUACCUUGCUCAUAUGAGCAGGUCCUUGUUUUGGGGCAUUGCUGUGGAUGACAGAGGAUGUUUGGGGAGACAAGCUUGAUGCUUUGCUGCUUAUAUUAUGCUUUUACAAGGAGAGAGUUUCUGUGACAGCUUGGUUAUUAGUUAUUACUUCUGGAAGAACAGUGUAUACUAAAAAUACCAUUUCUAUUUUGGUGGGUAAAGUAUUUAUUUGUUUCUGAAGGAUAAAUUAUAAAAUUCUUUUCCUCCAAUAAAAGUACAAGGAUUAAUUCUUGAUGUCCA